UAGGCGUUGGAUCCAUUUUUUUCCUUCUUUAAUAAAUAAAUAAAUAAAUAAAUAAAUAAAAACGGGCUUGUGUGUUUGCUCAGGUUGCCGUUGAUUCAUGUUGUAUUUCGUUUGAAGAUUUAAAGCUAUUUAAUAUGAGGUAUACACAAAACCAGAAGAAAGCAGGACGGGGCAAAUACUUUUUCAUAGCACUGUACUCGUUGGUAUGGUAGUAGGCUAUGCUGUGCUCAGACGUAGCCAUGGUGAUACAGGUAGAGUUUGAGCGGGGUGGGUUUUUUUUUUUUUUUUUAAAUAUGUUAUAUGUUUUUCUCCCUCUCCUUAGUAGUUAGAAUCGGUUUAAGCGUGUAAAGCGGCUAACUAAUUCGACACACUGGGCUAAUUAAUGCUCUAGCUUUAGCUGACUGAAUCUGAGGACCGUUAUUAAAGUCGUGCGCGCGCGCGCGCGGACUGUUUGGCGAUGCGCGCUCGAGCCGCUGAAGCAGUAGGUGUUGGUGUCCGUCCAUUCUCUGUCAGUCAGGUGAACUCGGAAAAAAAAAAUUCACAAAGAAAGAGUGUUUUGUUUGUUUUUCUGUCAAGAAUGUCGGUUUGAUACGAGUGAAAAACGGCAGCGCGGAAUUCUGACUGACUUUGUGUGGGGAAAAUAACGAACUAGCGAACUUUACUAUGGCUGCUUUGGAUGAAUCUGAAGUUGACGUGAACGUCGUCGGUUAAAGACAGGCGGAGUUUUUGAGGACCAGCGCGUUCAUCGGGACAUGAGACCAGAAGACGUCCAUCAGAUGGAGCAAGCAAGAAACUCUAAGAGAUUUAGGGUUGUUCUCUGUCUCUGUCCCCCAGAACGUACAGAAAUGCGAACAGGUUCAGAGACGAGAGCCUCCAUCAGAGUUAUCGGGACGAACAGAGUCACUGUUGACACUGGCAGGGGUCACCGGGCGCACGUCCUAGAUUUUGAUGCCGUGUGGAAUGAAGGGGCUUCACCGAAAGACAUCUAUGAGUCAACGACAAAGUCAUUGGUGGAGUAUGUGAUGAAGGGUUAUAAUGGAUGUGUCGUAUUGUAUGGACAGUCCACCAGCGGAGAGACACACCCGGUUCAAGCCUGCACAGCCAGACAGAGGGGCAUCAUCAGCCGUACUGCUGACGACAUCUUUAAUUCUCCAGAGGCUUCUCACUGCAGAGUCAGGGUGUCCUCUUAUCACAUCUCUAAUGAGAAGAUUUACGACCUGUUGGAGCCUCAGGUGAGUGAGGUGUGCCGUAUCCACGACACAGAGGAAGUGGUGCUUCUGGAGGGGCUGAGAGAGCUGGAGGUCGGCUCUGCUCAGGAACUGAUGGACGUGUACCACAGUGGGAUCGCCCACAGGAACACAGGUGUCUCUAAAGGUGAUUUUGCCAGCAAGUCUCAUAUGGUGUUAAACAUUAUGGUCAUAAACAUGAGAGGCAAGUCUGAUAAAGAAGGAGUUUUGACAGCCAGCAAACUUACUCUGGUGGAUCUUGCAAGUUCAGGCAAAUCCACAUGUAACAGUUCUGCAGUUCUGGAUAUGAGAAGAAGUUUCCAUGUGGCUCAAGAAAACCUUCAGGAGGCCAAAACAAUUAAACGAUCCCUUACAAUCUUUAGAAAUGUGAUAUUUUCUCUGAGUAACACAGGCUCUCAACACAUUCCAUACAGAGAGUCCAAACUCACUCGUGUUCUGAGAGACUGUCUUGGAGGAAACUGUCGGACGUGUCUUAUGGUCACCAUGCCAACCCAGUCGUCGUCCGUCACGGAGACUAUGAGCUGCCUGCAGUUUGCUGCACAGGCUUUGAACAUACCUUCACGGCCCGUACACACCUCCCAGAUCCGCUACACACCUGCACAGGUACAAAACAUGUGGACAGCAGAGAAGAACAGUCUUCUUCUGACUCGAACACAGAUCCUCCCACCAGUCAGUGGACGAUCUCAGACCUCCUUGCCAUCUAUUGUAAGCAGUCCAGGACCUCUCACUCAGCUCAAACCCAGACGCAGCCUGGAGAUUUCAGAGAACCGCUGCUUCUUGCCACACCUAGAGAAACCCAGACUACCAGAACCGAGUAGAUAUCACAGCUGCAGCUCUCGGAUUACAGAGGAAAAGACCGGAGCAGUGGAUGUGUGUGUCGUGAAAAGUGCCAUCCCACUCUCCCGAUGCCUCUCUGGGUCUGUUUUUGCGGAGCCCCUACGCCGUCGCUCUGCUGAGAAACCUUCGUCCUCGCUCGGCUCCUCAUCCGUCCCUCCACCGCUCCUUGAGUGCUCCAACUGCAAACAGGAACGAAAGAUCAGGGAGGAGUACGACAAAUUUAUCAUUCAGGUGAAGAGAGAUAGAGACAGCCUGAGCCAGAGAGUGACAGAGCUGGAGAAAGAGCUGAAGAACAGAGGAGGAGAGCAGGGAGAGAACGGAAGAGUGGAGAAAGACAAGCGAAGAGCAGAGAGAGACAUCGGAAGACAUGAGACAGCGACUGGAAGUAAUGAAACCGAGAACGGAAAAAAGACUGAAGGCGAAGUGAGACAGAUGAGUAGAGAGGGAGACGAAAGAGAAAUUGGAAAAGACAAGAUUGAAAUAGAGGGUAAUGAUGACAGAAGGCAGUUCAGAGGGACAGAGCAGAAGGAGGGGGAAAGAGAAGAAGAAAGAGAGAGAAGAGAGGAAAGGGAGGGAGAAAAAGAGAAUGACUCGACUGGAAAGGAAUCUAUCAGCACCUCACAUGGAGUAACAGAGGCGGCAAAAAACACUGAGGAGAGCCUACUGUCUGAGCUGCACAGCAUCAGAAAGGAGUAUGAAGGGCUGAGGAAGAGUGCGGCUCUGUCCAUCACACAGCUCCAUAAAGAAAAGGCUGAGCUGCUCUCUCACAUAGAUGACACCAAAAGCUGCUAUGAGAAAGUUUGUUUAGAGAAUGCAGAACUAAAAGCAAGACUUGAAGCCCUCUUGAAAGAAGCCAACUCCAGACCAUGCUCUGGUUGCAAUGGCAACACCGACACGCACGGCUCACACACACACACGAAUGUGCACAACUCACACAUGGACACACACUCCUCACACACACACACGGUCACCACUAACACGGAAAUGCUUGUUGUGUCACACAGUGUUUGUCAAGAGUGCACCAGUGAUCUUCCUCAGGAUAAAGGGAGUAAGUGUUGCUUUAGCUCAUGUUCUGGCUUCCCUGAAUCAACUGAACCACCUGAGCCAACUUCACACACCUGCCGCUGUGAACCAACACUCCACAAACCCAGCCUCUACAAACAACUAAGACGGGAGCACAGUCUAUUGCUGGACGUGAUGCUGGUGCUGUACAAAAGAGAGUGGUUCCUGCAGGACGCCAUGCCGUACGUCAGACGCACACUCAAAAAAUGUGGCCUCACUCUGGAAGACUCGGACUGAAGGAGAACAUGGAGCUGACUGGCCUCCAGCUACAGGGUCCAUGUGAGUGGAAGGACACCGCAUAGGAGCAAAGAGGUUAAAGACUUAUUUUAUUUGAGUUAUCUAGUCCACUAAGUACACAAAAGUUCAUCUUUGGUUCAAAAUGCUCCUUUUAGUUCAUCUCAAAUCUCAGAGAAACCACUCAUCUACUUGUGCAAUCCUUUUACAUCCUCAUCAGUGAUAUUGAUAUUUUACCAUGGAUCUGUAUUAUCACAUUAUAUUUUGUAAAGCACCAGUAACUACAGAAGGCGUUACUGCCUAAGGAGUUACACACCCUUUUACAUACAUUCACACCACCUGCAUUUAAUAUAAGCAUACACAAAACAGUGCAAUAUACCAAGAAGAGUAUAUCUAUGGGAAAAUGUACACACAGUAGGAUCGGGGAUAUGAGUGAAAUAAAUUGGUCGUAUUAUGCAAAGACCAACCCUUUAAGGAGUGUAUGUUCUCAGAGAAUACCAGAGAAGUCACAUAUUAAUUAUGUUCUAGCAUAUUCCCAGCAAUGCCAAAUGACCAAGCAGUGUUAUCCAGCAUUCAGUUGAUUAGGAGAUGGAAAAACACUUAAAUGUGAAGUAGAUGGAUUUCAACAGCCAGACAUAGCCAGGAGACAUUUCACCACAAAUCAGGCUUUAAAGGAUAGAUCAAGUCUGGCCCAGUGUGAAUGUGUGAGACAGAGAAUGUCUAAUUGUAAGAAGAAGAGUCAUCGGUAUGAAUAGCCAGAUGAUCUAUAUUUUGAUGGGAUACUCUGCAGGGCCAUCAACAAUUUACUGAGGUUAAUGUUACUAUAGGAAUCAAAUUUGGGAGAGCAGAUCAAUACUAAUGAGGUAUUUAGGGAUGAUGUAUGGUCUGUAUGUGAUACACAAGUGUGGGCCUUUAAGAGGUUCAGGAGAUAUUGUGCUGAUGUGUUUGCUACAGCAAAUCUACAAGGAAAGUUCAUCUUUUUUUCUGUUAAUCUUUUGACUGACAAUCACUCUGUCCUUAGGACCUGUCUCUCUUACACACAGACACUAGGGAUCUGUAAAUGAUACACCUGCGGACAUCUUAACAUCUACCAGUAUCAUUGAAUCUGUCAAAUCUCGGUUGUGUUUGAUAAGGCUCUCUACAAUCUUCUCCUCCAUCCGAGCCAUUCAGUCCCUUUUUUUUUUUUUUUUUUUCAAAUGUUAAAACCCCCCGUGACCCUGAAAAGGAGUAAGCGGUAGAAGGUGGAUGGAUGGAUGUUAAAACCAAAUAUUGGUGGCAUGAAAUUAUUCAUGCUUAGGGGGGGGGUGGGGGGAACACAGCCAGUUUGAGAUUAAAUAUAGAUACAGAUGCUUGGAAAACUAAACAGAUCUGUGACUGCAUGUAAUUCCUACAGAUUAGAAAAAAUAUCAAAGCAUGUCCAUAAGGGAGUGCUGUUUCAUUGGUUUAGGCAUGCUCGUCCACCAGGGUAGCGUGUAACCAGGGAACUACAAGCAAAUAUUUACCCCCAAAGGGAAUGUCAAUUAAAGUUUCCAGUCAUCCAGUUUGUUUGGAUAACUCUGACAAAAAAUAUCCAUACAGUACAAAGUGUGCAAAGCUGGACAUCUGGACACACGAAUCUCUCACAAAACAAUCCCACAUGCCCCAGUGAGGAGACCAGAUGCCACAGGUCGAAAUAAGACAUGUACCUAUACUGUACCUGAAAGACAGAGGAGACACAAUCAUGUCUAAACAGAGGUAGAUUUACAGUAAAGUAUGCCUUUGUGGCCUCUUUACUUCAGAAGGUUCACGUCACAGAAAUGAAAGCAAGAUAAGUUUCAUUUCAUUGAUUUUUACGGCAGGGAAUUCCCAGAAGGUUAACUUGGUUACAUUGGUUAUAUUUUCUUGAGAAUUCUUUAUGCAGUAUACAUGCGAAGACUCUUGUAAACACUGUGGUACUCUGACAUCACACACACAAACACACUGAAACCUUUUGCCUCUUUCAACUGUUGACUGUGAGAGUGAAUUUCAUUGUCCGUAUUUUGCAGUGUUUCCUCAAUUCCAACUUUGUUUCUGUUCAUACAUUACUGUAACUGCAACGUCAACCUCAGCUACCAUCACUGAGAGAAAAAACCCUUCAGCAGUCAAAAAUUCAGCUCAGUUCAAUUCAAGGCCACGUAGAAUCGAACAAUGAUUAGACAGAAUCAAAUCCGAGCACCGAGCUAAGGACCGGAUGGUGAACAGGCCGGUGUGGAGAAUGUUCCCAUGGGGCUGUGGGUGAAAAUGUUGAAAGGCCAAACAAUGGCUCUGUGAAAGUCGUGGGAUUUUAACUCAUGGUUAGUUAAUUAAAAUUGUUGAGCUGCCAGCGCCAGAUUGGAAUUUAAUUUGAAGUGUUAUGAAAGUAAUCCCUAAUCUAAUUGUUUUUUUGUGUUUCAUAAGUAAUCUACAAGGAAUCUACAAAUAACUGCCACCCUAUGUAAUAACACUGCGAUGUGACAACAUGGUAUCAAGGUCACUAUUGGUAGUGUUAGUUAGCCCCCAAUCAAUACACCAGCAACAAUAAAGAAAAUUCCGGGGUUUUUUUUUUUUUUUGCACUCCCAUUCAUCUGGGUUUCCUCUGAGGUCUCUGGUUUCUGCCCACCUCCCUAAAACAUGCAAGUAGGUGGAUUGGUUACAUUAAAUGGUAUGUGUUGGUGUGCCCUGCAGUGGUUUGGCAUCCCAUCUGGGGUAUAUUCCUUCCUCACAUUCAGUAUUCCUAGGAUAGGCACCAGGAUAGACUACCACGACCCUGUCCAGGAUAAAGAGCUUAAUUAAGAUGAAGGACUUGUUCAUUUAAAUAAUCAACAAUUUCCACAAAUAGACCUCGUUAUCUAGGGCUGAACAAGAAAAUUUUCCUAAGCACAACUUUCUAGUGUGUGACCCCUGUCUGGACUUUUUGUUCUCACGAUUCUGUUAGCCAUUACUCAGAAAACCUGAGAAAUGCAAUUUACUACAAUUGAAUUGGGUGCUGACGUAGUAAUGCUUUGAAACACGCAAGCAGUGGUGGCAGUAGCAGAUUUCACUUGUCAGUCAGAAAUAUACGUGCUAGCUAAAGGCUCUUGUUAGAGCACAGGUAGACAGAUUGGACCACAGAAAUGGAAAGGCUUGUACCAUGUUCUUGAUCUCUGCGCCUGUUUGUGCAUGUAAAAUGACAGUACUUUUGAAUUACUGUAUAUUGAACAAAGCAAAGGCCUUUUCAAAAGUACUUCACUGCUUCUGGACAGUGUUGAUGUAUGGCUUCUAGUUUGCAUAAUAAAGCCUUAACUUGCAUCUGUGGAUGCAGCGGCGAAUGGUGCUGACUGCCAAAGGUUUACCAAAGUAUUCCCGAGCCCAUGUCAGGAUAUCCAUUACAGACUCAUGGCGGUUUUUAAGACCGUGACGUCUGAGGGAUCAAAGAUCACACGCAUUCAGAAGUGGUUUUCAGCCUUGCCCUUUACGCACCAAGAUUUAACCGGAUUCCUUGAAUCUUUUAAUUAUAUUGUGCACUGUAGAAGGUGAAAUGCCCAAAAUCCUACCGAUUUGUCUUUGGGGAAUGUUCUCAAAGGGUUGGAUUAUUCACUGACGCAUCUGUUGGCAGAUUCACGAGUCUCGACCCAUCCUUGCUCUUGAAGGACUAGACCUUUUUUGGAGGCUCCUUAUAUACUAUGAUUAGACGAUUGCCUCACCUUUAGGUGUUCCAAACCCAUAAGAUUUUCGUUCAUCUUCGGAACACAAAUGAAGACAUUUUUAAUGAAACCUGGGAGAAUUCAGUCCCUCCAUUUACAGUCCAAGUAACCAAAACUUUCAAGCUAAUACUAGAAAACAAUUGCAAAUUCAUAACAAUACGUUUUAGUAUUUCGUGACUAGGAUUAUUGUGGAUUUCCUGUAAACAUUAUAGGCAUUAAUCAGGCAUACCUAUAUUUUAAAUAUAAGUCUCAAACAAGUAUAUUAUCUAAGAAAUAAAUGCACAGGAGUAAA